GUUGCAUCAUCUCUACUAUAUAAUGCAGACCCAUGUCCUUCGAAUCUUUGAGAUGGAUCGCAGGUCUUUCAAGAGUACCGCGUCCCUCGGCAGUUCUCGCUGCCUCCAACAAGCCUGCUGCUCAUCUCCACCCUUCCUCAGUGCUCGCGUGGUGUAACCCUCCGAGAUGCCCGCCUCCAAGCCAAAACCGUCAGAGAUAGCUGCGGAAGCCAAGAAGAUAUAUAUACCCUAUGUCCGCCAGAAUUUUGGCGCGCAGUGGCCAGCGACCUCGUUCUUGUGCUAUUCAGAGACUUUGGUUGCUCAGCCUCCCGCGAUGAAGCUGCCCAUUCGAUUCGCGUUUUACGACCGCGACCCAGUUGAUGUGGCUCUUGAUUGGGCUCCGGGAGAGAAUGUCCCAAUCCCUGUGAUCAUGCCGGCGAAUGACAAGAGACCAGGAGGUGAUUGGGAAGCAGGAGUUAUGUCGCCCGAGGAAUGUCUCUGCAGAAGAAGCAACCUGUAUGGGACGCUCACGACGCCAGCGGAGGGAAACUACGCAUCCUCGAACUACCCCAUUCCUCCCAAAGCAGGUAUUUUUUCAGAGAAAGUCGUUGUUUUCCGGAGUGGCCCAGAGAAGUAUGAGGUGUGGCCCGAAAUGAAAGUUCUGCCUAUCAUAUCGGUCUGCCCGGUCAAGCGGCCCAAACUUGACAGCUCCGGCAAAAAGUACUCUUUCAAGCAAGAGAAGGAGCUUAUGAGAGACAAGAUUCGCACGGCUCUCCGCAUUGCCGUCUACUACGGUUAUCCCAACCUCUGCAUUGGGAGUUUUGGUCUCGGCCCCGGCUUCCGGAACCCACCAGAGGAGGUUGCAACUAUGUGGAAAGACGCCUUCUUGAAAGACUCGGAAUUCGUGGGCCAUUUCCACGAUGUCGUCUUUGCCUUUGAGCCCGAAUGCGCCACAUCUAGCUCCGGCUCGUCCAAGUCCUCUGCGUCGAAGUCAGCAUCCAAGAGCUCCUCAUCGAAGAGCGCUUCAUCCUCGAGCCGCGACAUCGAUAUAUUCAGGGAUGUCUUCAACCCCUCUAAGAUACACGGCGCUUUCAAAUCGUGAGCUGGAAUGGGAGUAUGGGGUUUGGAGUCUGGGGUGCGGGGAUUCGGAUGGGCUUGUUGGGCUUGGAUGAGAAGGGAACAUUUCCUUCAUGUUUGCAUGGUCAUUAAUUUUUAAUGUAUUUAUAAUCUAAUGAUAUGGCGGCAU